AUUGGCUCCUCAGGCGCUGGGUGUCGGCUGGGGCCAAGAUGGCGGUGGCGGAGGUGCGGCAGCUGCAGAGCCGCCUGGACGCCUUGGAGGAGCGGGUGUUCGGGGCCCCCGCGGGAGCCGCAUCUGCGGGGGGAGCCCGGAAGGUAGCAGAUGGCUUAGUCAAGGUUCAAGUGGCCUUGGGAAACAUUGCAAGCAAAAGAGAGAGAGUUAAAAUUCUUUUCAAAAAAAUUGAAGACAUCCUAAAAUACCUGGAUCCUCAGUACAUUGAUCGAAUGGCUGUCCCAGAUGCCAUGAAGCUGCAGUUCAUCUUGGCAGAAGAACAAUCCAUCACGGCCCAGGCAGCACUUCUGGAGCAGGUGAACAGCCUACAGCCGUAUUUGGACAGUGCACACAUCAAAGCUGCUCCUGAUCAUGCCACCAAGCUCCAGCGGCUUUCACAGAUACACCUUCAGCAGCAGGAUCAGUGCGAAGCUGUGACCGAGAACAUCCGGUUACUUCUAGAAGAUUACAACAAAAUGACUCUCCUUCUUUCUAAACAGUUUGUCCAGUGGGAUGAAAUGCUGACCCAGCUGGAAGCUGCAAAGCAAGUGAGGCCUGCUCCCGAGUGAAGGCCAGGCCUCGGUGUCAUUCAGGCUUCUGGGCCCUUUCGAGCUUCACAUAAUCUCCUGCUUCAGAUCCCGGAUCUCUGCGUUAACAGGGGUUGCCUGGGAAUUGGUAGCACCCCUGAGUUUCACCUGGUAGCGUGGCGUCAGUCUGGAAGCCAUGUCCUGACCUUAUGGGGCUAAAUGCCUCCACAUCUUCUUUAAGGUUACUGUUUCCCCUUAAUUUAUUUUUAUUCUUCAUUCAGCCAAUUCAUUGGGAAUGCAUGAUUUGUCAGACGAAGUACCUGUUACUACGGACCAUAAUAAAAUCCUCAUGAAUCCCCAA